AUGAACUUCUUCGAAGAAGCCAAGGAGUACAUUCGGGGGCUGACUGACGGAUCAGGUGUUCCCAUUUUCAGAACGCCCAGAAGAACUCCAUUUCUAGGAUUUCUGGUGACCAUUGAAAGUGUCAUCGGUCUGGCAUCCGCGCUCCUCCUCUCGGACAAUGCUCCACUCCGUUACUUUCUUACUUACAAGCUUUCACAAGACCACAUUGAACUAUUCUUUGCCGCUGUGCGUUCUAAAGGGGGCUGGAAUAACAAUCCCACAGUCUCACAAUUUGUGGCGGCAUACAAGCGACUUGUCACACACAACCAGGUGAAGGGUGGGCGAGGGAACUGUGUGUCUCUUGACAAUACGCGCAUACUGUACGUGAGCAGUCAGUUUUGCUCCAACGAUGAGCUCGACAUGGCCACAGCAAAGCGAAGCGGCACACAAGACCUCAUGCAAGGCAUAGACCUACCCGACGAGAGCGAGCUGGAUGUCAUAGUUGAGGAUCUCCCUGCACUGUCUCCGUACCUUGGAAACGUCGUUGGUUACAUCGCAGGAAAAAACCGUGGAGGUCUUUCCAAGCCGUCGUCAUCGACAACGUACAUCUGUCAGCUGACUGAAAAAGCUGUUCGACUGCAGGAGAAGGUUCACGAUGGAGGCCUUCCAAAAAGAAUGCAGCUGACAAUGUGA